AUGAAUGAAGUAACACAGAAGCACAACUUCACUGCCAAUGACAUUUGGAAUGUCAGUGAAGCUGGCGUCACAGCUGUGCAAACCCCAGACAGAGUGAUGGCCAAACCUGGCUCUAAACAGGCCCCUCCUCCUGCUGCCCACCUGGCCCCUCCUCCUGAUGCUCACCUGGCCCCUCCUCCUGCUGCCCACCUGGCUCCUCCACCUGCUGCCCACCUGGCCCCUCCUCCUCCUGCUGCCCACCUGGCCCCUCCUCCCGCUGCCCACCUGGCCCCUCCUCCUGAUGCUCACCUCGCCCCUCCUCCUGCUGCCCACCUGGCCCCUCCUCCUGAUGCUCACCUGGCCCCUCCUCCUGCUGCCCACCUGGCUCCUCCACCUGCUGCCCAUCUGGCCCCUCCUCCUCCUGCUGCCCACCUGGCCCCUCCUCCUCCUGAUGCUCACCUGGCCCCUCCUCCUGCUGCCCACCUGGCUCCUCCACCUGCUGCCCACCUGUCUGCAGCAGCUGUUCUCCAUCCAGUUCAUCAGCUGGAGCCAGACCACAGAGGAAGGAAGGGCACUGCCUCUGUCCUCCUGUAG